UCGGUAUUCGGUAUUCGUUAAUCGUUACUCGCGAAAUCGGAAGUCGGAACUUGCAAGAAAAUAUUGUCAUCUAUUAUUUAAUUUAAACUGUUCAAAAUAUUGUGCGAUUAUAUACGUCUAGAUAAUUUUGUAAGCCUUUUAUUUUGCACUUAUCUUAUAAAAAAAAACAUGGCUAACGGGGGUGAAGAACAUUCUGUGUCAGUGGACAAAGCGAAUAAAUUUAUUGAAAAUUUAUCGAAAGAGUUACAAGAAUUAUAUUCUUAUCGUGAUAUGUUCUUUGAGAAUCAUCCCAUAGAAAUGGCAAAAAAUAAGAAUAAAUAUGUGGAAGAGAAAAAGGACAAAUUAAUAGAAAAAUUUGAAAGUGUUGAUGUGGACACUGAAAUUCCAUUUUCGCUUAGAGCCCAAUUUCAAUACCUAAAAGGAAGAUGUUAUAAUGUGAGUCUUAAAUAUGACGCAAGAGCUAGUCAGUCUUUGAGUAAAGCUGUUAAAUUAAACCCUCAUAUGGUUGAAGCAUGGAAUGAACUUGGAGAGUGCUAUUGGAAAAAUAUUAAUGUUAAAGAAGCCAGGGCUUGCUUUGAAGGUGCCUUGAAACAUGAAAGAAACAGAAUAUCACUCCGUUGCCUCUCCAUAAUACUACGGCAAGAAGCUGGUACAAAGAAAGAUGGUGAAGCUUCACAAAUGAUACUAAAAAGUGUUGAGUAUGCUAAAGAAGCCGUUUCACAAGAUACAGCAGAUGGUCAGUCCUGGAUAAUUUUGGGCAAUUCCUACCUUUGCCAGUAUUUCACAGUGUCACAAGAUCCGGCAAUUUUAAAGCAAUGCAUGAGUGCAUACAAACAGGCCGACACAGACCUAAUCGCAAGAGGCCAACCCGAUUUGUUCUAUAAUAAGGCUAUUGCAUUAAAGUACGAAGAGAAAUACACUGAGGCCCUAGAUACGUUUAACAGGGCGUGUGACCUUGACCCUGUAUGGAUGCCACCGGAUCGCGAGCGCACAAAAUUACGACAGUUCUUGGCCAGUGCUGUUGAUUUACUGCGCACACGUGGCAAGAUUAAGGGCAAACGCCUUGCUAACAUGCUACAAUCUAUGGACAAAAAGAUGUUAGGAGACUACUUGCCUGACCAAUUCGUGACCCUUGGAGGGAGGCGAGAUGUUAACCUCGAGUUGGUAAGAAUAAAUGCUCUACAAGAGGGUCCCAAUGAGAACAAAGUGAUCUUGGGACGCGUGGUCGGCUCCAUACAUAGCGAGAAUGCAGUGCCCUUCGCUUUCGCCAUUAUAGAUGACAGUAUGAAGUGUGUGUUAGUAACGGCAUACAAUUGGGCAGCUGGGAAAGGCACCCUCAUUGGGGACUGGGUUGCCAUCCCGGAGCCGAAUUUGAAAUCUCAUAAUGUUGUCACACCGGAAAUGAAAUACGUUUUCCAGUCGAUUCGUGUUAAUAAUCCAAUGAAGUUAUUCGUCAAUGGACGUCGCGUGGAGCGUGCGCAAAUUGCGGGCACGCGCGUCUCUAGUACGUACGAGAUGCACUGACGUCUAUCUGCUUUCUUCUCGCAAGGCCGAUUGACGUAGGUGCGAGAGAGAUAGCAAUACUGGAUACUUUGAAUUAGCCGUUUUCAAAGUGGAGUGAUAGGGUUGAACUUGUACCAGAAUUUUAUAAAAUUAUGCACUUUUGAGCUUGUCUUUACUUGGUAAAGAGUUGUGCUGGUGUUGUGACAGUAAACGAACGAAAUUAUACAAUAUUGGUUAAUUAUACAUAUGAGAAUGGCGAUAUGGACAUUUAAAUUAACAAAAGACUAUUGAAAUAUAAUUUAGUUGGUGAUACAUUACGUAUUACGAAUCGUUUCUCAAGCCUCGUCUUGAACACGAGCAAAUGUGUCAAACUUGUGUAAAAUGCUUUGACAGCUCUAACUAGAUUAGAGUUUUGUGUUCUUUAAUGAGCGAAACAACCAUAUUUUCUAAAACGAAUUAACAUUAAUCGAAAUAAUUUAAUAAUGUCAUAUAGGACUUAUUUAAACAAUUAGAAAACAUCCUGUUUAGAAAUAAGGUCCAAUAUCUGUUGAACGAUGUAAUUUCUACACAAACCCGUAGUAUUAAUGUUAGGUAGCGUUUGAAAUGUGUCAAAACUUGAAGAAUUUACGGGAAUAUGCGCUUUUAUACGAUAUUAGUGCAUAACCAACAAAGCAAGAUUGAUACAACAUUACUUUAACUUGCAAAAUAUAUCUGUCAGCUAGGUGAGGGGUACCGGGUUCGAUUCCCGGUUCGAGGGCAAACUUUAAUUUUAAUUUGUUCCCGGCCUUUGGGAGGGUUGUGCGGUACCGGGCGAGUGCCUUUUACCGUACAUGGAGGACAGGGUCGAAUUUCUAAAAGACACGAAUUAUAAAAGUCCUAUAUUUGACGCUGGCUAAUGCACAAAUCGUGCCAGAGCCAU